AUGAAUCUAUUGCGUAUGUUACCUACAUUAUAUUCUCAAAAACAUGAUGAUCCUUGUGAAAUUUGUUUCGAUCAGAUGCCUACUGAUAUUACAUUAAUUACUUGUAGACAUCGACAAAAAUUUUGUGAGACAUGUAUACAAUCAUGGUUGAAAUUAGGAAAAUUUACUUGCCCUAAAUGUCGCACACUUUGGCCAGUAAUAGAUUAUUUGGAACAAACAAAUCAAAGUAUAAUAAAUACUGCUAAUAUAUUACUGAAACUGGAAUAUCAUCCAACAUUAUUUAAUGGAAACGUUCCUUUUUCAACACCAUUAACAGCUGGCUAUUUAAUGAAUAGAGCUGUGAUGUGUUGUUCAAUUGGAUUACUCAUUUGUUUAAUAAUAUAUCCAACUAUGAUGUAG